UAUCCUCCCGAGAGUCCCAGACUCCCAGACAUAUUCCGCUCGUCUCUUCCAUAAGACUUUCUGCUUUACCCCCUGUUUCCUGAAACCAAACUAACAAAAACAGAGUUCUCCUCUGAUAAAACAAACCAAACCAAACCCAACAAAAAUUCACAGUUUCCUUCUCUUUGGGGAAAUAAACAAAACCCUGUUUCCAAGAUUAAUACCUAAAGCCCAAGAAGGAAGGUUCUUGUCUUCUCGGUACUUCUGGUUCUGCUUUUUUGACAGAUUGUUGAGGUUUAAAACUGUCUAAAUUACACUGUUUGUAACGGCUAACUGUUAUUUCAAGGGUAUUUCAAAUACCCAUUUUUCCUGAGCCUUUAUUUACUGAGACACGGUUGCUUCAAAAUUCUGCACAUUUGGAUCAAUUAGACUAUGACUUUUGCUGGUGAUCAAAAUCCAAAGGUGGAUACUCCUCUUUCUAUGGAUUCUUCUAGAAAGAGGAAGAGACGCUGUGGUUUAUCAGUUGCUGACACUCUCAAGCUCUGGAGUGAAAAAACCGAGGCCAAACACGCCAGAAAAGCCCCUGCUAAAGGCUCGAAAAAGGGGUGUAUGAAAGGUAAAGGAGGGCCUCAGAAUCAGAAUUUUGUCUACAGAGGUGUUAGGCAGAGGACUUGGGGUAAAUGGGUGGCUGAAAUUCGAACUCCUAAUCGAGGGAAGCGACUUUGGCUUGGUACUUUUCCUACUGCUUUCGAAGCUGCUUUAGCUUAUGAUGAAGCUGCCAAGAUGAUGUAUGGUGAAAACGCUAUCUUGAAUAUGCCUCAUAUUUCGGAUUCUGACUCAAUGGCAACUACGUCAUUUUCACAAGCGUUUUCGGAGGCUACUACUACUUGUGCUGGUUCUGACUCCAUGACUGCAUCAAGCAACUCUGAAAUUUGUGGCAAAUGUGUGGGUGGUGAAGAUCAAACUAGGAUGAAUACCCACUUUCUGCCCGGUGAUUCUGAAGCUCCAUCGACGAGUGGUGCAAUGAAUUGGACAGCGGAUGAAAUUCAAGGUGUGAGUGACUUCAAAGCUGAGGCGAAUAAGAAGGCAAAACCAGAAGAUGAAUCCAUGAAGGAGACAGAUUAUAGCUGGCUUAACGGAUUGGAGUUCAUUGACGGUAUUCCAAUGGAUUGUGGAGGGAAUAGUGUCUGGGAUGGUGUAUAUUUUUGUACCGAGGAUGAGUGUUUUAAUAUAGAUGAGCUUAUUGGUUGACUUGUAUUUUAGACCUCUACAUUUUGUGUUCAAAUCUUUUUUAAUGUUAGUGAACUAACUCAUACAAAUCUUUUUCACUGACCCUUGAGUUUGAGUAAUAAAGAUUUGGCCGUCAUUCACUUAUGUGUUAUGAUCGGCAAACAAAUUGAGCUACCGACAAUUGGAUGACUGUCAUGAAGAACGAAUCCUGAUUGCUGUUGACAGUACAUAAAAAUUGAGCCAUCUGCUACUUGUAUAAAGGCCUAUUAACGACGCAAAGAUAAACCCACAUAAUUUUUCAUAGGAGAAAAUUUGAAAUUCCUCCAUGUUAAGUUUAGUAAGGCAAAUAGAUUUUUUUUAAU